CAGCUAUUACAAAUAGAAAAAGCAUAAAAUAUCUCUAGACAACUGUGGUUAGGUGCUUCAAAGUUGGACAAUAUGAUUGCCAAUUGCCACUAACUUCAAUUAUACAAACCUGCUUUUGGUCUCUGCAACUGCAAUCCCCUGCAACCCACAUUUCUCUAUCAUCUCCCUUCCUUGAUCUCCUCCUAAAUCCUUCUUCUUCCCAUUAGCCCUUAUACUGAAACAAAACGAAGGAAGGAUAUAUAGAUUAUAGUUGCAGUUUCUAAGGUGAGAAUUUUGAAGCCAUGGCAUUUGCAGGAACAACCCAGAAGUGCAUGGCAUGUGAAAAGACUGUCUAUCUUGUGGAUAAGUUAACAGCCGACAACCGUGUCUACCAUAAGGCCUGCUUCAGGUGUCAUCACUGCAAAGGAACCCUCAAGCUUGGCAACUACAAUUCCUUUGAAGGGGUACUUUAUUGCAGGCCACAUUUCGAUCAACUCUUCAAAAGAACUGGCAGUCUGGACAAAAGCUUUGAGGGGACGCCAAAAAUUGUAAAAUCUGAUAAACCUGCUGAUGUUGAGAAACCUAACGCAGCUAAAGUAUCAAGCAUGUUCGGCGGAACCAGAGAUAAAUGCUUUGGCUGUAAUAACACUGUCUAUCCAACUGAGAAGGUUACGGUGAAUGGAACUCCUUACCACAAAAGCUGCUUCAAAUGCAUCCACGGAGGAUGUGUAAUUAGCCCAUCCAACUACAUUGCACAUGAGGGAAGGCUCUACUGCAAACACCACCACAACCAACUCAUUAAGGAAAAAGGCAACUUAAGCCAACUUGAGGGCGAUAAUGAGAAGGAUUCCACGAAUGAGAAACCUAAUGGAAGCGAAGUUGCUGCUGAAUCAUAAAUAUUACGUGUUCAUCCUGCUUGCAUCUUCUUCCUCACUUGCCAUGUUGUUGCCACGCUUCAUGAUUUGUUUUUCCCUGCAGUCCAAAUGGCUUUGUGCUCACAAGUAGAUGAGAUUCUUCUUGAUAUUUCUAAUUGAAGUAUGUGGGAUUUUUGUUUGAUUUAUUUUGGGUUUUGUUCUACUAUGGGUGCUUUAGUGAGAUUCGAAGACCUAUUUGAUUCUCAUUUCUCAGUACAUGAUAUGGUGAACUGAACUGGUGUACUUUGUGAUUCA